CGGUUUACGAUAAGCCCGUUUAUGAUGAAGACAAUGAUGGGUUUGAUCGCGUGCUCGGAUCGAAGGGCUCUUCUAGUGGGAGUGGCGGUGGCCACUUUGACGAUCUUUUAGCUGGAGUUGCAAGGAACGGCGAUAAGGGUAUGCAGCAUUUCGAUGUUUUGAUGCCUGGAUUUGGUAGGAAGUCUCCUCCGAUUGGAAGACCAAAUCCUGAGUCAAGUUGGUCAUCUAGGCCUAGGGCUCACACUAGUAAAAUGACAGAAGACCCCUUUGUGGUAUUGGGAUCUGCCUCACCCCAUGUUGCCUCAUCUUCUAAUAAGACAGGUAAAGCUGCAAGCAUGGCAACUGAUGGUUCGUCUGCUUCCGCCAGCAAAAUCGAUGAUGAUUUGGAAAUGCUUAAUAGUAUUAGAAAAUCUGCACCAUCCUUUUCAUUCAAUAAGAAUGACCAGUCAAGGAGGGCAAUGAAUGUGGAGAAGGGCAUCAAAUUUCAUCAUACAUCUUUUGAUGUAGCUUCAGGCUUGAACAACUCCCGUAAAUCUACUGGCCAGACUGCUUCUUCACCAAUAAAUGGCAAGGGUAGUAUGCACGACACAAAGACCCAGGGCGAUACUUCCCCUUGGUCUGAACAGAAUGUGGGAUCAUCUGAUGAAGUUUGGCUAAGUGUGUCCGAGAUUCCUCUUUUUACACAACCAACGAAUGCGCCUCCACCAUCUAGACCCCCGCCCCCUAUGCCAGCCCGAAUUCCAAAGACAGGAAGUAGAUUUUUUGGAUCAAAAAGUGCAAAGCAGAAGACCAAUGAAUCCUCUUCAUUGCCAAAUCCCACUCAACGCAACCACAGUUCCAAGUCAAUCCCUUCGAUGACUAAGGUCUCAUCUCCAUCAGCUGUGGAUGAACUCGAAAAGUUUGCCAGGGGCAGUAGCCCUAAUAAUCCUGAUGAUCUCGCAAAUGGUCUUUCUGGGGAGGAACAGGCUAGGAAUUCAGACGCUGCUGCAUCAUCUGCAGCUAUGAAAGCGGCUAUGGAUAGAGCUGAGGCAAAGUUCAGGCAUGCAAGGGAAGUAAGGGGUAGAGAGAGUACUAAAGCUGCCAGAAGUAAAGAUGCACAACUGGAAAAGGAUGAGAAUGUACAUGACUCUCAAGAGCAAGCUUUCAAAGAAAAACAAAGGGAAGAGGAAGAGAGGGAGCAAAGGAGACUUGAGAAGGAGAGGGAGAGAGCCAGAGAGCUUGAGAGGGAAAGGGCUCGACAGGCUGUGGAAAGGGCUACAAGGGAAGCUCGUGAGAGAGCUGCUGCUGAGGCUCGCCUUAGAGCUGAAAGGGCUGCUCUUGAGAAAGCUAAUACUGAAGUCAGAGAACGAGCAGAACGGGCUGCUGUCCAGAGAGCACAAGCAGAAGCCCGUGAAAGGGCUGCUAAUGAGGCCAAGGAAAGAGCUGAGAAGGCUGCUGCUGAAGCAAGGGAGAGAGAAGCACGUGAGAAGGCUGCAGAAGCUCGGGUAAGAGCAGAAAGAGCAGCUGUACAAAGGGCCGCUGCAGAUGUUAGGCAAAGGGCUACUGCAGAGGCUCGUCAAAAAGAAGCUGCUGCUGGGGCUUCGAGGGCUAGUCAACACAGUAAUGAUAAUGAUCUCGAUGCCUUCUUCAAAAUGGGUUCUCAUGCCUCCACAGCUCCGAGGCCAAGAGCAAGUUCAUUGGAUCCUGAAUUUGAUACAAAAACUGAGAGAAGGCAAGGGCCUGAAGCGGCAAAGACAUCUGCUGCAACAUCAUUUAACGUAAGAAAAGCGUCUUCAACGGCCAAUCUUGCUGAUGAUCUUUCCUCUCUUUUUGGUGGUGGUCCUGCACCAUCCGGAGAAUUCCAGGAAGUUAAAGGAGAAAGUGAAGAAAGAAGGAGAGCUAGACUGGAACGCCAUCAGAGAACACAAGAAAGAACAGCCAAAGCACUUGCUGAGAAAAAUCAGCGUGAUCUUCAGACUCUAAAGGAACAGGAAGAGAGACAUAGGAUUGCUGAAACACUGGAUGUUGAGAUAAUGCGCUGGGCUGCUGGAAAAGAGGGGAACUUGCGUGCUCUGCUAUCCACUUUGCAAUAUGUGCUCUGGCCUGAUUGUGGUUGGGAACCUGUUUCUCUGACGGAUUUGAUCACUGCUGCUUCAGUUAAAAAGGUCUACAGGAAGGCAACUUUGUGUAUUCAUCCUGACAAGGUGCAGCAAAAAGGUGCCAAUCUUCAGCAGAAAUAUAUUGCUGAGAAGGUUUUUGACCUCCUUAAGGAAGCUUGGAACAAAUUUAAUUCAGAGGAGCUCUUCUGAAUUCUUGAAACAACCUUUCAGCUUCUAGCUAUUUUAAGCAAGCGUACCAUUUUUUUCCUUGGCGGAUGCACCUGGAGGACAAGGAAUGUCUCUGAGGAAUAUAAUCCUGCCAAUAUUGCACCCAUUUUGAAAUACAGCAUAUUUAAGGAAGCUUAUCCUCAGGGGCUGCUGAAACUGUUCUCGUCGUAGCCAAUGAUUUACUCAGAGUUACCAAACAAGUACAUUCUCUCGGGGAUCUGGCCUAUAAGGACCUUGGUGUUCCUUUUGUUGUAGGUAAUGGAAGAUCCGGUGGUCGUGCCUACAAUGAAUUCCCUCGCAUUGUCUGAGUGAGGAGGCUCAAAAGCAUUGCCUUUUGCAACCCCCACCUAACAAAUAUGAUAGCAUUGAGUAUACAUCUCAUGGGUUUGGAACAUUAACAAUUGUUCCAGUUUGCUGGUAUAGUGGUAAGAGAUUGUUAGCGAGGGGAAAUUGUUGAUAUUCGCCUCCAAGCUUUUUAGCAAGUGAACCCCUUCCACUUUGAAAACCGUGAAAGCAGUCCCUAUGCUUUUAUUGGUGAUAGAAGUCCCUCUGUACCCUUUCCCUUAGGGCUCCUCGCAGGACAUUUAUGCGGUAGCAUUUGAUAUUGCUACUUCACCAGACUCCUCACUACAAUAGAAUUCUUGUCAAAAGUGGGAUGAAGGUCUCGUCAGUAUCCAAAGCGCAAGGACUAACUAUACUACUUUUAGACUAUUGGGAUCGCUGGCUAAAAUUGCCAAAGUAGCGGGGGUGUCUCGAUGAUUAAGGCCUUGGUUUUGUUUGUAUUCAGAUUAUUGUCUAUAAAGAAGUGACGGGUAUUUCCCUUUGAUUUGUUU